AUGGCCAAAUCAGGUCAAGUUCAGGAACAGGGGACGAUCGACCAAUCAGAAGUGAAAUAUCGACGAAAUGGUGGGGCAGGAGCCAGGGACAAACAACAAGGGAACGGCCCAAGGGGCUCGACUUGGGAUGGUGUGGGAGGGCAGGCGCGCUCUUGCUUGCAAAGCGCUGGAAUAAGGGAGGAAAGAGGAAAGAGGAAAGGGAGCAAUGGAGAGGACAAGGAAGGACCGACCGACCAGCCCAGGCGCAGGGGUCAACAGAAAAGGGGCCAUCGGAGGAUUUCCUGCUUGUGCACAAACAAACUGCAUGUCGAUUGCGUCCCCUUUCAUUCGUGUUUCCUUGUUUCUGAAACGGCCGCGCCCCAGCCAGUCCAGUCAAGCGGCGGUGCAUCGUCCAUCAUUGUGGGCAUGUUCCGUGGCCUGUUCGCCCGCUAG